AUGCAGGAAGAAGAUUUCUGUUGUUCAGUUUGUUUGGAUGUUUUUAUUGAGGUAAGUUUAAAUUGAAAAAAUAAUUUCAAAAAUUCUGAAACUUUCAGCCUACUGUAAUCCAAUGCGGCCAUUCGUUUUGUAAAAUUUGUAUUGAGGAAACUUUGAACACGACUGAAAAAUGCCCGAUUUGUAGGAGCACGGCUGGAAGAAUUACGCCGAAUCGGUUGGUUUUUGAAAAUUUCUUGAAGUUCUUUUGAGCCAAAAUUUGUUGGAAGAAUUUUUAACGUGAUCCUCAAGGUCCAAAAUUUUAUUCCAACAAUAUUCCUAUUUUUUACAGUUCAAAUCAAGUUUUUAUUUAUUCAUAAUUUUCUUUUUUCCUGCCGCUAAUCGAAUUAGUCACACUUUUUCCAAUUGUUUUAAAAAAGAUUUAUAUCUACAUAUUUUUCAUAAUCGAAAAUGCUGUCAAUCAAAACAAAUAAAAUAUUUGGCGCUAGAAAAAAUUAUUUCGAAUUCUCAAAUUCUGGCGCGACGCUUUUUUGGUCUCGAAUUUUCCUGGCAAAAUUAAAAUUUCAAAAAAUUUUCAGAGUUCUCGAAAAUCUAACAAUAAAAUGGAUGCAAAAAACAAAUCGAGGCGAAGAAUAUUUCAAAAGAAAAGAGCAAAAUAAACGAGCUCUUUUGGUUCGAAAUCGAGCUUUAGUAUUAUUAUGGACAACUUUGUCAACAAAAACUGAUCGAAAAAUGAAAUUGGAUGAGAUUUUGGAGAAAUUGGAUUGUUUGAAUUUGCGGAUGGAAAUUAUGCGACAAGUUUCCAUUCAACAAAAUAUUGGAAUUCGGGUGGAGAAAAUCGAUAAUGAUGUGAUUAUUCAACUUAUCGAUUGAAAAUCAUCGUAAAUUUUAAAUCAUGUACAUAAAAAAUGCUCUGUAACUACAGUCUACAGUUUUCUUUUGUGCCAGAAAAAAAAAUCUCAGCAAAUCGUCGCGUACAUGAACGGUUUUAUCGGCGAAAAAUAGCUACACCGCAGCUACACACCAGCUACACAAAUCAGAGAAGCAACGCGGUUGGCGUCGCGGCUACUUUUCUCAUUUUUGUUUUUGUUUUUUCCAGGCCUAAAUUCUUGUGAAAAUCGGGCCAGCAAUGAACAUAAACAUAAUUUUCAACAUUUUUCUUCGUGUUUCAUGAAAAUUAUGUUGAAAUUUCUUUUGAACAUCUAUGAAUUCCCCUAUUUCUCAAGUCUGGAAAUUUUUCUUUCAUUCAGAAUUGUUCUAACUAUCUUUAAUUUCAGGUUUCCGGAAGCGUGAUCGUUGCAAAAUGGCUGCCAAAUGGUGAGGGAAUUUUAUUUAUUAAAACGACCAUGUUUCCUACAAAAACCAUUUUCAGAAAACUUCAACAAGUUCAACAACGACAACGACUACGCUCCACAAAAAUCAGGUCAACAUCAAUCAUGCAGUAUUCAUCCACGCAAAUCAAAAGGUGAGUCAAUAACCGAAAAAGAAACGGGUUAACAAAAUAUGUCUUGGGAAAUUUGAUCAAGUUUAGCUAUUUUUGAAGAUAAAUAUAAAGUUCUUUCUACUCUGAAAAGCAUGUAAAUUCAUCUCAAUUUUACAGAAUAUGCUCUCCGAUGCUCAGUCUCGCCAGCACUCGAUGGAAAGCUCGACACAGACGACAUGAAAAGCAGCUUCAUGGCGAGGGAAACAAGACAAUCCGCAACAUCUACGAAAUUUUAA